AUGUCGACGAUCCAACAGCUCAAGAACUUUAUCCGCCAUGGCAAACAAGCUCGCAGUGUCAACCUCGACGACGAGCCUUUGAAGAAGAAUGAUGUACCGCCUCCUCCUCCGAUUAAUCAAGACAGGAAGAUGAACAUCUCCGACCCCGCUCUGAACCAGCAUCAUGCUCCCAAGGAGCCAAUGGAGGCAUAUUCGGAAGCUCCUGGAGAUGCUCAGAACCGGGCUGCCCAAGCACACAACGCUGCUGCCCAUCAAGCUGAGCCCGCCCAAAACGUAAAUGCCCAGGCGAGGGGUACCUCUAAGAAGCGUGUCGAUGAUGCCAGUCUGGCGAAGCUCGUUGCCGAGGAGAACGCGAGCAGGGCCAAAUUUCCUCGAUAUCCUGGCCUAGAACGAUGGGAAUUGAUCGAAAAGAUGGGCGACGGUGCGUUUAGUAACGUAUAUCGCGCCCGUGACUUGCAAGGCGAUGCUGGUGAAGUUGCCAUCAAGGUCGUUCGCAAAUAUGAAAUGAAUAGCAUGCAACGGUCGAACAUCCUGAAAGAAGUCCAAAUCAUGCGCCAACUGGACCACCCGAAUAUAAUCAAGCUCGUCGACUUUUCCGAAUCGAAGCAGUAUUACUACAUCGUCCUCGAACUUGCCCCGGGUGGAGAGUUGUUUCACCAGAUUGUCCGCCUCACAUACUUUAGCGAGGAACUGUCCCGCCACGUAAUUAUUCGUGUAGCCCGAGCGUUGGAAUACCUACACGAAGAGAAGGGUGUUGUCCAUCGUGAUAUCAAGCCCGAAAACAUCUUGUUUAACCCGAUACCGUUUAUUCCCUCCAAAGUCCCGAAACCGAAGCAACCAGGUGAUGAGGACAAAGUGGAUGAGGGCGAGUUUCUCCCCGGUAAAGGCGCAGGGGGCAUAGGCGAGAUCAAGAUUGCCGACUUUGGGCUGUCGAAAAUCGUUUGGGAGAGUUCGACCAUGACGCCCUGUGGCACCGUUGGUUACACCGCACCUGAAAUCGUCAAGGAUGAACGAUAUUCCAAGUCGGUCGACAUGUGGGCCCUCGGAUGUGUCUUGUAUACCCUGCUUUGCGGCUUCCCUCCAUUCUAUGACGAAAGCAUCGAAGUCUUAACCGAAAAGGUGGCAAAGGGGCAAUACACAUUCUUGUCGCCCUGGUGGGACGACAUUUCCAAGUCAGCCAAGGAUCUCAUUUCUCAUCUGUUGACUGUCGAUCCUGAUAAACGGUACACCAUUCGAGAGUUCCUUGCCCACCCGUGGAUUCAGGGCACCGGGCCGACACCCUAUGAGGAGAAGAGGAAGUCGGAGGCUGUGCUUCGAGGAUUCGACGCCAGCAAGCUGGAGGAUGUUGGCAAGCGAUACGACUUUAGGUCGCCCGGUGCCGUCAAUUUGCGUGAGGUAUUCGAUGUCAGUUAUGCUGUCCACCGUCAAGAAGAAGAAGGCAAAAGACGUGCCCAGGUCGGGGUUAGAGCCGGUGGCAUGGGCAAGCCUUUGGGUGGAUUGAAUGAGGAAGAAGAGGACGGCGAUGAAAUGCAAGUCGACCAGGUCCAAAACAAAGCACCAAAUGCCGGUGGUACCCGGGCCCUCGAACAGAGCAUGCGCAAUACCAAUAUCCGAGACCAAGAGGCUCAUACUCGGGGACGAGAACGUGAACGAGCCCCUGCUGCUGCUGCUGCUGCUGCUGAAAAAGGAUAUGGUCAGCAUUCAGCAGCCGUUACAGCAGCGGCGAGACAACAAGUUCGAGACAGGAACCGUCAAAAAGGCGCGUUUGAACUAAAUCUGGAAAAUGCUACAUUGCUUGGCAAGCGUGGAAAAAAGAUCCCCGCCAUGGGUGCAUGA